AUGGACGUGGAACGAGGAGUCAGCGAGCGCGGAGCCUAUCUACUCUGGGACCCUGCUAGCUGGAAGAAGAUCCGGGGUGCAGUCUUGGUAUACUUCCUUUGUGGGUGGGCCGUCAUCUCCGCCUUCGGCCUCUCCAUCGUCCUAGCACCAUCUCGACUCGUACGGGUUCCUGCGUCCUCGAAGCCCGCCGCCCCCGCGCCCAACCUCCCCACACCCACUGCCCCCGAAGAACCCCAAGGCAACCGGAAAGAAAGUCGCGCCAAGGCAAAAGAGGACAAAGCCACAUCCAAGAAGGAGGCUACAUCUAAAAAGGACACUGGGUCUAAGAAGAGCAAUCAGACCCAACCUGAUCCUCAAUCCCCAGAGGCCCUCGUCAAGCGACAGAAUGAACAGCCCAAUGCGCCCCGAGUUAGCUUCGUUCUUGUCUGGCUUUCUACCACCGCUUUGUCAAUGGUCACUGCUCCUCUUGUCGAGCCGCGCUACUUUAUCCUUCCUUGGGUGAUGUGGCGUCUGCACCUACCGUCCUCCCCGACUCCUGCUAUGUUCCGUCAGAAACGACCUAAGUUGGAAAGCGAGAAGGCUCGUGAGGAUACGAUCACCAAUGCUCCGAAGUUCCUGGAGACUGUGUGGUUUAUCAUUAUCAAUGCUGUGACGGGAUAUGUUUUCCUUUACAAGGGAUUUGAAUGGCCCCAGCGGUUCAUGUGGUGA